AUGAUAAAAUUAUUUAAGCGCAGAUACAUGCUUUCUGCAAUCGUCAUUGGCACAGCAUAUGCUCUCCUGCAACUUGCAUUCACAAUCUACAACGCCGUUAGUAACGGAGAAGGCAACCAUCUCUUUGACUUCUAUGGUGACAAGAUUGUGUCGUAUCUGUUAGCCACCGGUGCAGCUGCAGGAUUUGGUGUUACAAACGAUAUGAAAACGCUCAUUGAAUUGUUGUCAACGUUUGGAAACUUCUAUGAAAAAGCCUAUGCCUCCGCCAGUCUCCUUUUUCUGGCAUUUGUUUGCACUGCCGUAUUAUCCGUGCUCUCUUCUUAUGCCCUUCCCAAGACUGUUUAGUUUCCACCCUCCAGAGAUCUGAAAAUUAAGAAGAA